AUGGCGGACGAGUACGAGCAUUGCAGAGCAUGUGGCGGCUGGGGCGUGGGCCUUGUCACGAACGUCGAACGCAUCUGCGCCCACUGCGCGCGGGAGCAAAAGACCUUCUUUGAUCCUGCCACGUGCAACUUUUGCCAGGAUGGCUACAUCGACAUUUCGCCCAAGGCGGACGGCGGCGUCUUGAAGAAGAUUCUCAAGGACGCGCCGAGCACCGACGGCAAGUUCAUUGAAGAAGGCUGCCCGACGUUCAUCCAGUACGUCGGCCGCCUCGACGAUGGCUCGAUCUUUGAGACGACGCGAGACGUGGUCGACGGCAAGAACGCGGGCGGCACCGACGACCCACUCGAGUUUCACCUUGGCCGCGGCAAGGUCAUUGAAGGCCUCGACAUUGCCGUCGCGAGCAUGAAUCUCGGCGAAAUCGCGCGCUUCAUCAUCCAGCCCGAGUACGGCUACGGCGUACAAGGCCUCGCGCCCAAGGUCGAGCCCAAUGAAGUCCUCGACUACGAAAUCGAGCUCGUGAGCUUUGGUAAACCACUCCCCAAGUUUCCAUCCCAAGCCGAGCUCGCCGAGUCUCGGAAGCGUCAAAACGAAGAAGACCGCAAGAUGCUCGAGGAGAACCCGCCCCCGACUGUCGAUGAGCGUCUUACGUCGUCGAACGAGUACAAGGAGCUCGGCAAUCAAGCCGUCAAGGCCGGUGACUUCGCCGCGGCCCAAAAGCACUACGACACGGGAUUUGUGCAUAUUUUUUACGGCAAGGACGAGUGGGAAGUGCUCGUCUCGGCCGACGACAAAGUCCGCAUCAACAACCACAAGGUGCCGCUGUACUUGAACCGGUCGCUGUGCAAGAUCAAGCUCGGAAAAUGGGACGACGCCGAGUGGGACUGCGACAAGGCGAUCGAGCUGGCGCCGGAGAACGUCAAGGGCCACUUUCGCCGGGGCCUCGUCUUCACGGGCAAGCUCAACGAAGAGCUCGCCAAGGAAGAGCGCAAGGAGUUUUGGGUCAUCGACAAGGCCAACAAGUUUCUCCACGAGGCUGAGAAGAGCCUUGAGAAGGCCAUGACGCUGGCUGGCGACAAGCCCGACGGCGGUAUGACCAAGGCUACGCUGGAACUCAAGCGGUCCAAGAUGCAACUGCAGCAGUACAUUCGCAACUACCACGAAGCCGAGAAGAAGCUGUACAAGGAGAAGAUCAUGGACCGCAUGGUCGCCGACAACAAGAAGCUCCAGCAAGCCGAGAUGCAAAAGGAAAUGGAGGAAGAGUUUGCCGACAUGCCGUCGCUGGAAUAG